CGUCAAAGCAGCGAUUUGAGCCAAAGAGUACACACACCCUUCCAGUUUUACAUCCACUGUAGAUAGCGGCGAGCUUGUCCGCUUUAAUUGCCAGUGUUUUGUUUCCGUUUUGAGUGAAUAAGUUUCCCCAAUCAGUGGAUCCUAAUAGAACCGUCCACAAAAUGACACCAGUUAGAAACUAAAACCCGAGCAACGAGAGUGUGAGCCGCGAUGGCGUGACCUAAGUGCUUCAGCCUAAUUGUAAAGUGUUGAAACGAACCAUGGAGAGCAAUUCAGUGUCGCCCAUGCCGGACAUGGCGCCCAUGGCAGAAUUCGACAAGACCCCGCCGACGCCCCCGGAGGACACCCUCCCCAUGGACGACCUGCCGCCGCCACCGACCACCGUCACCGUCCAGGAAGAAAAGGAAAAGGAAGCACACCGGCACUACGAGGAGGAGAACGAAUGGGGCUGCGGCAGCUGGCUGGAGUACGCCUUGGUGAUGAUCCUGGCCUGCAUCCUCCUCCUGGCCUCGCUGGCUCUGACCCUGUACUGGGUGAUCAAACAUCGAGGAGGUUUCGCAUGGCGAGACGACCCCAUCAAGCAGUUCAACUUCCAUCCGGUCCUCAUGGUGGCCGGCUUCAUCACAUUCAGCGGAUUCUCCAUCCUCUUGUACAGAAUAUGUCGGUGUUGCCGGAGAAUCUACGUCAAGCUCCUCCACACCGUGUUUCACGCUUUGGCGAUUCCCUGCGUCGCCGUCGGUUUCUUGACGGUUCUGGAUUCCCACAAUCUCGCCCAGCCGCCCAUCCCCAACUUCUACUCCCUGCACAGCUGGAUCGGAUUGGUAACAAUGGGCCUGUUCGCUAUACAGUUCGUCGUGGGUUUCUUCAGUUUCCUCAUCCUGUUGUGUUGCGAAGGGGCGACGGCAGGCUUUCGGGCGUCUCUGGUUCCUAUCCAUGCCUCGUUCGGGCUGACGACGUUCAUGUUGGCCAUUGCGGCGUGUCUGACUGGCCUCACUGAGAAAGUGUUCUUCUCGCUGUCAUCGUACUAUACCACAUUCCCUCCCGAAGGAAAUGUUGUAAAUGCCUUAGGAAUGGUCCUUGUGGCGCUAGCUAUUGUUACAGGAUAUAUCCUGCAGAGAGAGGAGUUCCGGUUCCGGGCGCACAUCCUCAUCCGUUCCGGCGACCUAUAGUUUCGCAUGAUCGAAAUUUUUUAGUGAUAAUGAUUUUUGUACUGUUUUUAUACAUGAACCAAUACAACACUAACAAUUUCCUGCAUGCUCUCUCUUCUUUUUGCAUGAUGCUUGGACGAUCCGAGUCUGGCGCUUUGUAAAUAAGCCAAAAUUGUUCACUACUAACAAUUUCAGGGAUGAUUACGUUAAGAGUCCGUUGGAAGCUGGGGAAGAAGGGAUAGUAGUGAACACUAUUGCGAUGGUGCUGGUGGCACUUGGUAUCUUAGUAUCUUUCGCUGUUCGUAGUCCGACACUUCGUGGUGAUGCAAAGGUGUGUGUUACUGAAAGAUUGUAGGACAGUGCGCUUUCAAGCGCCAAAGUCUCGGAUGUGAACGCCUCUCAACAACCCGAACGUUUCUAACACCAACUAAAGGACUCUCAAACAGACAUGAUUUUGCAUGUGUAAAUUGUGUUUGUUUUGGUGUUCAUUUUUUCAUAAAAAGUAUGCCAAAAUAGAGAUCAGCAUUACUAAAUAGCAUCGUAGCGUAGCUAAUCGUCGGGAGAUCGAACACACCGCCGUGUGCUCUUUCGUCCCUCUGUUUUAAUUUUCUCAUUAUCUUUAAAUAUUAACCAGUCUAUUAACAUUGUACAGAAACGAAAUUUGUUAACACGAAAGCUCAAGACCUACUGAAUGUAUUAUAAUCAAAUACUCAUAGCUGUGUGUGCUAUUCUAUUAAGACUAUAACUAUAAUAGAGCAUUUUAUAAAUAUUUAAGGAUUUGUUGAGAUAUUUAUAUUACGUUUUAUAGAACAAUGUAGGAUGUUUGUUGUCGUAGCUCUUAAAAACGAGAAGCAAUCUGUUUCCUGUUUCAUAACGUAACGAAAUUUGAUGUUCAACUAAACCAAUUAGAGGAAAUUACAUUAGUGUUCAAGAUUUGUGAAUGUUAACUUCCAAUUCCGUAUAAUAGAAAAGUACAAUUUCUUUAAUGGACCAAUAGGAAUUUAACGAAGCGCGUUCAUACAAUGAAAAUUUGUUGUUUCUUCUAUAUUUGUUAUAUUUAUAUUUUUAUUCCAGUUUAUUGAGUAAUAUCAUAGAGUUAAUAUAUGACUUGCAAGAUAAAGUAUGUGUACAAUUAUUUAUAAGUUUUAAUAAAUGUAUCAAAAUUUAA